UAAAAACCCUACUUCCGAUUCCUAACCCACGUACUCCACGCCGCCCCAAAGGUUUUUUUUCUCCUCCUUGUUCUCACUCUCCCUCUCCUCUUCUCACGCCGUCCCCCUCUUCGGUGUCUUCGUCUGCAACGGUUUUUCCAACGCAGCGGCGCAGCCUCGGCCUCCCGUCCUCGUCUUCAACCCACGCAGCAGCGGCCCACGGCCACACCCAGUGGCACACGGCGCCACGCCCACUGGUCAUAGCCCACGUCGACGGCCAUACCCAGUGGAAGAAGAGAUAUCUGUGUUUCAAAGGUACUUGUGUUAUGGUGAGAGAGAGAUUCCCCAACCAAAAACAGAGUAUAGAUGCGGAUGAAAUGAGCAUGGUGAGAAACCAGAGGAAUGAGUUCCUGAUUGCUUAGCAAUGUUAGCAUUGGCGGCAUUAUAUAUAACCCAAAACCCAGUGGGAAAAUAUCGCCAAACAUAUGUUCUAAAAACCGUAGUGAAAUCUCGGGUUUUCUUCACCUUCUUCUACUUCUUCCUGUCUCUCUCUGAAGUUCUCUCUCUGUAAAACCAUUGUUUUGGGGAAGAUGUUCCGCAGAAACAUACGGCUGAGGAGAGAGUAUCUGUACAGAAAGAGCUUAGAAGGCAAAGAACGUUUCCUCUAUGAGAAAAAGCGAAAGAUCAAAGAAGCCCUGCAAGAGGGUAAGCCGAUUCCCACGGAGCUACGGAACGAGGAGGCGGAGCUUCGGCACCAAAUAGACCUUGAGGACGAAAGCACAGUUGCCCCGAGGACACACAUUGAUGAUGAGUAUGCAAAUGCAGCGGAAAGAGAUCCUAAAAUUUUAAUAACUACAUCCCGUAAUCCAAGUGCCCCACUUACACAGUUUGUAAAGGAAUUGAAGUUUGUCUUUCCUAAUGCACAACGAAUGAAUCGUGGUGGUCAGGUUAUUAAAGAAAUUAUUGAAACUUGCCGUGCACAUGAUUUUACAGAUGUUAUCUUAGUUCAUGAACACCGUGGUGUGCCAGAUGGUAUGACUAUAAGCCAUUUACCUUUUGGUCCAACUGCCUAUUUUGGAUUACUCAAUGUCGUUACAAGACAUGACAUUAAAGACAAGAAGACCAUUGGAACAAUGUCUGAGGCUUACCCACACUUGAUACUUGACAAGUUUUCAACCAAGCUAGGUGAAAGGACAGCAAACAUUUUGAAGUAUCUAUUCCCCCUGCCUAAGCCAGAUACCAAACGCAUUAUAACCUUUGCUAAUGUGUCUGACUAUAUUUCGUUCAGGCAUCACAUUUAUGAGAAGCCUGGAGGUCCUAAAUCAAUCGAGCUUAAAGAAAUUGGUCCUCGGUUUGAAAUGCGGCUUUAUCAGAUAAAGUUAGGAACAGUGGAUCAGGAUGAAGCUCAGACUGAAUGGGUAAUCAGACCAUACAUGAACACGACGAAGAAACGGAAGUUUCUGGGAGAUUAAUUCCAACUCAAAAAUAAUUUCAAGCUUUGUUUUGUUUGAAUUUUUGUGAUCGAUCUUGAACAUUAAUGUGCUUAAGCUGGCUUCUCUCAUAUUCAGAAAUGGAAGAACAGCCUGAAAUUGUUGCUGGAGAUUUUGUUUUUGUUUGCAUCCAAGAAACAGAUGUUUUUUGCGCUCUCAUUAAUAGCAGCAAUCAGCCUAAGCAUGCAAA